GGUGUUAAAAGUGCAAGGGUACGGUUGGAUGUGUUGUUGAAGGAUCUUAGCAAGAAAACCGAAGAAAGGUAAAGUUUUAUUGGUGUAAUAUACCACAUCACCUCGGUCAAAACAUGAAAAAUAAAUCUAUUAUUGCAAUCUAUUUUGAUGGUUUUCAGUAGCUAGUAUAUAUUAUGAACCUGUUUGAUAUUCUGCUAUUGCAGCAGGUCUUCAGUUUUAUUUAAGGGAUUGCUUGAUUUUGGAGGUCACUACAUUGUGAUCAAACAUUUAUUAAAUCUGAUGAUUUAAGAGGGUUGUCACUUCCUUUUGGUGUAGCAUUUGCAGAUUUUUAGAGUCUUCUGAAAAUAAUUUGAGAGUUUUGUUAAAUUUGCUUGUGUUAUUUCAGUAGUGAGGAUGAAACAAGUUCUACAGUGGCAAGGUCAGUAGAUGUAUUUUUAAUUGAAAAGCCAAAACUGUUCCAGAAAAAUGACUAUUAUUACUAUUAUUAACCUCUGAACAAACUCUCGUGUGAAUUAUUUUAUGGUGUAAAAGUCAUAAUAUCUGAGUCAAAUGCAUGAGGUUUUCAUCUUGUCAUGACUGGUAGUCCCAAAAACUUUUCAGCAACUUCUGACAAUUUUUUGAAUAAUGACUUUUUGGCUUGGGAUUGUGCUUGGUAUCAUAAGACAAACCAGGUGCAUUUUUUUCUGAUCACUGCUUUCUAACAUUUUGAUUUUCAGUACUGUGUCAUUUCAAAUGCCACCGCCAUCCACUCCAACAAAAAGGUAUGUUUUAAUGACACACUCUGGUCCAAAUUAGAUUCUUAGAUCAUUGACCUAAAGUAAUUUUAAUUUAUCUCACUUAGCCAUAAUGAAAAUAAACGAAAAUUAGAAAAUGGAAAUAAAAAACACUUUUUGUGUAAUGGGAAGUUUUUAAUUUAAGAUUGACUUCAGCUUCCAGGAGAUCUCUCUCUCUCUCUAUUGCCUCUCUAAAAUAUUUUAAAAUUCUCAAUGUCCAAAGUUUUAGAGUUUUUUGAUGAGCAAAUGCUAACAUUUUUUGUGUGUUUGCUGCCUCUUCUUUGUGUUUUUAGAAGUGCUUUUCUUAAAAGAUCCAAUAGUCAGUUGCUUGUUGAAGCAUUUAACAAUAAAAAUUAAACUUAAAUCAUUAUUGCACUAUUGUUAUGACACUGUAUAUUCUAACCCACCUCUUCUUGUUUUUUAUUGCUUUACAUUUAAAGGAGUGCCUCAGGUAUGUUGAUAUAUUUAUUAGAUGUGCAUGAAGAAACACUUUUCUUCUAUCAAGGAUAAUAACUGUUUUGGCUGGAGCCUGCAUAACAGGUGCUUUUUUUUCACAUUUUUCAGGCUAGCACAAAAUGUGGAUGUGGAGUGCCAGACACGCACAACAGAAGAAGACACAGAAAAAAAAUCACUUUUUCUGUGUUCUGUGCCUUUGUGGUCCUCUCAAGCUCCACAUCACUUUGUGCUCACCUGAAAAACGCAAAAGAAUAGUGCCUGUUCUGCAGGCUAUUUUGGCUUUCACAGCUAAUUUACCACUGUUCAAAAUGUCUUUGGGCAACGUUAGUUUUGACCCUCUUUUUCUCUUUCUAAUUUCCAAAUUGUAUAAUUUCAUAUAUUAGGGAAAACCCCACGAAAAAGACGCAAGAAAGAUAUGGGAGUUGAUGGUAAGUGAACAUUUACGCAUCUGUUGACCAUUAUGCUAGCUAAAUAAUAAUUAUGAAUGUUAUUUCUUUCUUAAAUAAUCAUAUCUCUCUCCUUUCCUUUGUGAGAUCAAUUUCUAAAAUUAUAGCUGAGGUGAAAUUUUCCUCAUAUAAUAUUCCUUUUUGGAAAAGUCCACCAGAUGUGGAGAAUAACGUCAUGCUCAAAGAACAAAUCAGAUAAAGAUUACUUGUAAAAUAUUGUACUACCAUGUGCACUUUCUACAUGUGCAAGGAAUUCCCUUGACUAUUUGUUGUUAAUUUUGGGUAAUGUUCAUGGAUAAAAUGGUAAUGUUUUGACUUCUGUUUUUUAAACGUGUUAUUUUUAACAUCCAAUUUUAUUAAUUUGUCCCUAGAUGGAGAAAGUGGUAGUCAAAACCGUAAGUUCAUUGGGAUGUGAAAAAUACUAAAUCUUACUAUUUUUUGAACAUAUUAUAUUUUGGAGGUAUGUAACUGAUUAUUCUUUUAUCUUUCUCUUUUCAUGGUUUUUGCCUUGGCCUUGCCUUGUGGGACUUUUCUCUUACAGCAAGGUUAGUUUAUGCUUGGCUUUGAUGGUGGACAGGGGGGAGAUUAUCAAACAAUUAUACAUUAACAAAGUAAGCAACCUCUUUCUUUUAGCUUUGUUAUGAAGCUGUUUGACCGCAGUGUGGACUUUGCCCAGUUCAGCGAGGACACACCAUUGUAUGCUUUAGCAAGAGCAUGGAUGCAGAAUAAACCAUAUGGAACAAAGUUGUCUGAUUCACAGGAUGGCAAUCUUGAUGGUGACUCUCCUUCAAACAGUCAAGAGAGUGCUUUGUCUUCCUCCUCUCACAGUGUUAGUAGAAAAUGUUGUUGUGCCUAUGUUUCCAGUAUUGACAAUAAUAAUUCAUGUUUUGUGGAAGAUGUGACCACAAGGCAAUGACUUUACUUUUGUUUUCCUGAACUUCAAUACAGUCUUUUAGAAUUCAACUCCUGAAAAAUUUGCAAAUUUGACAAAUUAAAUGAGUUGAAAUUAGCGUGACAAAUUUUGAAGCAGCACGAAUUCACUUGGCAAUGGGAGUGGCCUGUACAUCAGAAACCUUUAUUGGCAUUAUGAUUUCUAGAUUGUAGCUUGUAUUGGAUGAAUGAACCUUAGUUAUUUCUCAGUAAGAUCAAGUACCGGUAAGUUAUCAAGUAUACAAGUUUUAAUCCUAGAACAGCUAUCUCACAUGUAUGGACCCUUCUUAAUUACAGUGUUUGCUCUUGUGGAAGUGAUUUCUUUUAUGAUACAGUUUCCAGAAGUGAUUGCAGAUCAGCUAAAGCAAAAUUGCAUUCUUAUGUACAAUAUGGGUCUAGUUAAGCUCACGUGAUGAAUUAACUUUUUAUUAUUGAUUAAUAUGAAAUAUUUUUCUCUAGAAUGGUGAAGGGGAUCCAAGUAAUGUGUACAGGUAAUUGUGUGCUAAUACCCUUUAAUACCCUGUAAAUAAAUAAAUAAAUAAACAAUAGAAAAAUAUUUAGAGGUAGCACUUCCACUAAGUGGUCCUUCAUCCACCUGAUGAUUCCUGGUCAAAUUGGAAUUUGAAAGUGUUGGUUUUUGACGAGAGGGGAAAACCGGAGUACCCGGAGAAAAACCUCUCGGAGCAAAGGAGAGAACCGGUAAACAAAUAAUCACGACCCACAUAAUUAUGGUGUUGAUGCCGAGAUUUAAUCCCAGUCCACAUUGAUGGAAGGUGAGUGCUCUCACCACUGCACCACCCUUGCUCUCUUGUGAAGAGUGAUUUAAUAUCCAUCUGAACAGGAAUAUUUUCCACAGGCUUUCAAGGUAGUGUACAAAUAACAGCAACAAAGAAAAGUAUUGCCCUAUAAGCAACCAUAUUAACCCUUUAAACCCUAAGAUCAACAUUUGAAUUCUCAUUUGUUGCCCCUAUUCAUUUCCUACAGAAGUAGUGGGGAGAAGUUGAUAAAUUCAUGUGUGAUCAUGUCUGUAAUUCUCAUGACCACUCUGUUUUAUAAAGCAGUGAUAUUACAAGGAAAAAUUUGACGCUGAUCACUCUUAGGGCUUAAAGGGUUAAAGGCCGAACUUUAGCAGAGCCCGUUGGCCCCUGGUGCCCAACUUUUCCUCUCUGAUGAAAUCUUUAUAAAAAUCAUAUGCUGGGCACCCUAGAUUUUACAGGUUCAGAGCACUUGCCCCCUUCAAUUUUCCUUAGAGAACAGCCUUGAUGUUUACUAAUUUGUAUAUUAUGUCAAGUUUUCCAGAUCCAAUCAAAUCAGUUGAAGACUUUGACAUGAACGUUUGCCAUCCCGAUGAACCACUGUCCCUUGACAUUCAUUAUGUAAGUAUAAUUUCCCAUAAAACUUGGUUUUAAAAUAAAGCUGCAUUAUGUGGCAACCCACAGUUAGAAUAACCAGUCAAGGCUGGUUGUUAUGGCAGCAUUAUUUUCCACGAAGAGAUGUUUUUAUUUCCGGACACCUAGGAGGCCUUAAAUAAAGAAUUACUUGAUUAAACUUACAUCUCAUUUCUAGGAGUUUGUGGAGACACUUUGGCAAAAUAAUAUAUAUUAAAUUAUUAGUUAACUGAAAAAUGUAACAAAGUCAACUGCCACAAGCAUAGCCAUAUCCACCACUCCCCCGUCAAACACACCACUGCAGGCUCCCGUGGAGCGUUAUUGCUUCAUCACAGCAGGAUCAUCAAGUUUCUUUAGUGGUUUUUGUAGUGGCUGCUUUGGCUUGGAGUGGUUUAUAGCAAUUGUUUUAGCAUUCACCUACCCUACCCUCUAUGUUCCCCUUCCACUAGCUGAUUCAUCAAAGUGAUGGGUGCCUGGAAUGGGGGCUGGUUGCUGGGUUGUGGAAAUUUGCCAGCCACAGGAGCAGAUUCUAUCUGGGGACUGGUUGGUAUCAGUGGAGGCCCCUGGAUACCCCAUGCACCCACCUUCCAUUUAGCUGGGCAGACAAUGAAAUGGUGAUCAAAACAAACUUGAUCCUUCUUACCCCUAAGAAAAGUUUGCGUGCCGUGUUGUUUCCUACGUGUAGGAGGGGCUUAGCUGGGAUGGGGGGGAGGGGAUCACACUAUAAAACAUUCAGGGUACUUACCAGAUUUUUAAUCAACAUCCAUGCUUUAAUUUUACUGAAAGCGCAGUAAAUUUUUGAGGGUGUUGCUUAUUUGAGAGCACCAUUUACUCAAGUGAAUACGGUACAUAUUUUUCUGAGCCACUUCCUUAGCUGUAGCAGUACAGACAUAAUUUGCUUAAUUCUCAUGCUUCAAAUUCUUUAAGUUUAACCAAAGUUUUGUUUACUCCCGAAAGGACCUUAACAAAGCACCUUCGCUGAAUGACCUUAAACGAAACCACAUUGAAAGGUGGAAGAAAGUUAAAAGCAAGUAAGGAAAGAGUUAAUAGAAACAAAUAUGAUUCAAGUUAUUUGUAGUGUACUGUUCUUUCAGAUUAAUCAUAGCUUUGAAUAAUGGUUGCUUUGGUGACCAUUAAACUGCGAACUAGCAAACAUUGACUAUUUCCAGUUGUCGGGCGCAGAGAAGCGAUGUCCGGAAACACGUCUGUGUUUGCGGGCUUACUGUGAACAGGGUCCCAGGGGAGUGUGGUAAGGGAUGCAGGAGAUUCUCUUACUUCCCUGCCGGCCCCUUUUUUCACACUUUUUAGCUUUGUGCGGUGUAGACGGGAUAGUUUGCGUCUUAUUUAGGACGCGUCUAAUGAAAGACGCGUCUUAUUUUUCCUCGUAUAAAUGGCCCUUUUGUCUUUGUCCUAUACCCCACAAGAGGGCCUGUUUACAGGCUAGUAAGCUCCAUUUUCUUCAUUAGAGAGCUUUAGAUUCUAAGACGAGUACGACAACGGGGAUGAAAUUUUCUCAGUAGUAGGUGGUGCUCGCGCGUGAACCAGCGUUAUUUUGGCGGGAAAACGUGGUACCCGUCGUCAUUCUACUACGAGUCUUAGCGCGAAUGUCGAAGUGGCGGAAACCAGUUAUGAAAUAUUAGAAGUUUUAUCAUUUUGCAAUCGGGAGACGGUGUAACCGCCUUCACUAUAAGGUAACAGUGCUAACUUUUCUAGUGAAAAAUGAUAAAAUGAAGCUUUCAAGGGAGUCUAUAUUUUGAGAAUACGCGAAAAAACUUUAAGUCAAAUCUCGUACUCGUAGUCGUCCUCGUCCUCGAAUCUAAAUGUCUCUAUUAUCGUUCCCUACAUGUGUAUAUUGUUAGACCCCGUCCACAUGGCUCGAAUGCAUUUUUACCUGUGCAACCUGUUUACAUAGAACCAUGCAAAUUCACUUACAGAUUGUAUUACUGUUUACUCGCGUCCAUACUUCUGAUCAGGUCAAAAAUUUGCAUGGUCCGGCGGGUCCCGUGUAAACGAAAGGCCGAUCCGAGUAUAAAGUUUUUGUCCGUAUCGUUGUAAACGGGAUCUUAGUUUAAAAGAAACGUGCAAAAGGUCUGUAGCUAAAAUUCAAUUUUCAAACUACAAAUUCUUUUAAAUUCUGUCUUUAUAUUUGAUCUUUGUUAUUUGUCUUUUGUAGCUGGAGAGAUUUAUCAUUUGAAAGACAAGCGCGCUACGGACCGAGUAUAAAAAUGAUACGAGAACUUUUUGAACACCAAUGACAUUAUGUUUACCUUGUAAAAAUUGCGUUUCAGUAUAUGUGUGUGAAAUAGUAUAAACAGUUCAACCAUCCUUAUAAGACAUUGCCAUAAAGUUUACACUAUUAUUAUUAUUAUGAUAUAACAUAUUAGCCAGGGGCACCCAACGGCAAUUUUCGGGAAAAUAUCUGUUCGGAAGACGAUUUGAGAUCUAGAAUUUUCGGAACAUUUCUUGUAAAAUUUCUUGCUUGCCUGCCUCUCCUAGGAUUUUCGAACAUCUACAAAAUGGUAUAAUUACCCAUUUUAAACGGAUAUUUACCCUAAAAAACCAUCCUUAUAAGACAUUGCCAUAAAGUUUACACUAUUAUUAUUAUUAUGAUAUAACAUAUUAGCCAGGGGCACCCAACGGCAAUUUUCGGGAAAAUAUCUGUUCGGAAGACGAUUUGAGAUCUAGAAUUUUCGGAACAUUUCUUGUAAAAUUUCUUGCUUGCCUGCCUCUCCUAGGAUUUUCGAACAUCUACAAAAUGGUAUAAUUACCCAUUUUAAACGGAUAUUUACCCUAAAAAAGGCCACCUAGAAUUUUCGGGAGCCUUUUCCUGGCUGAAAUUUUCGAAAAGGUAAGUUUUGAUCCCUAUAAUUUUCGGAUCACUAGACUUUCAGCUAGGAAAUCCGAACAGAUGAAACAUUUUUAGGGGAUAAAAAUAUGCUUAUAUCUUCCCUUUAAAUACUAAAAUAUGUUCAACAAUGCUAUGUUAAGUGGUUUUGAACUAUAUCCUCGUUGGGUGCCCCUGAGUAGCCUGCGUAGCAGGCGCUUAAAAGUAGUGGGCACAAGAAAAAACGGGCGCGCGAGAAGGAGACAAGCGUGUCUCCCUCGCGCGCGCCAGUUCUCUCUUUCGCCCGCUACUUCCAAGCGCCUGCUACGCAGGCUAAUAACAUAUUUACUUUAAAACCGAUAAGUAACCCGCAAGGCAUAGAAAUUUAUUCCCUGUGAUUGAUGCUAGUUUUGGUAGUUUGUUAUUUGUUCUUAGUUGAUCUUAAGGGAAGCCUGAGCCUUGCUAAACAUUCUUGGUUUGCAACCACGCAAUGAGACGGCCAAUGGGGACAUGUUAUUGGUCAAAACAGUACCUUGUCGCAGAAAUUGCAGGAAAAAAAGAUUGGAGGGAAACACUUUUGUUCUUGUCAACCAACAUGACGUUACUGACUGUAAACCAGGAAUGCACAACGUUUUAAAAACUUUAUAUCUCUAUAACAUUGGCCGUUUUUAUGCUAGAGAUGUUAAAGUCGUGUUAAGACGGCUUUAACGUCUAGUAAAAAACGGUAAAUAAGAGAGACGCAUUUAACGUCUGACGACUUUACUAGUGUAACUAGAAAAUGUGUAAAAUUGCAUUUUGUUAACUGUUUUAUCUGUGAAACACUAAUAGUCUAUUUAUCGAUAUCUGAAUAAAUGCCCAUUGAAGGGCGUAUGCUGAGAUACUGGAGCCAGUGUUGUUGUUUCUUAUGUGCUUGUUCGUUUCCCUUGCUUUUUAUACAUCUCCGUAAAUAAGAGAGAACGUGUAUUGUAUCACACUCUUUUCAUUGCCGAAGAACAUUCUUGACUCUUGAUUUUUAUGUGGCUUGAGCCUCCUGGACUUUGGUGACGCUUGAAAGUGGUAAUCGUUUGGUAAUCAAAGUUUAUCACCUGUUUUUCGCAGGGGUCAUUUUCAUUUUCCUUACUUUUCACUUACACCUAAUUGCAAUAAGGUUGUCAUAGAAAAAAGCAAAAAGUUAAAUAGGAAUUAAUUAGCAUGUAAUUAUCAUAGCCUGCAACAUUCACAACACACACGCUUAUAGCUGAAUAUUAAUCACGUAAUAUGCGGGAAAUCAUUUGCAUCAGUUUCUUGGUGUCAUUCUAAUGCAAUAGGACAAUUGCACGAUGACGUCAUUUGACUACAACUACCAGAAUCCUUGAGUUUGUUGUUUUCUUAUGCAAAUUAAGGCUAUUGUUCUGUAAUCCUCAGCGGGAUUGACAAAUUUAAAUAACAAAGCAAAACCGAAAUGAAUUGUGGUAGUUGUAGUCAAAUAUCGUCAUCUUGCAAUUGUCCUAUUCGAGUGCUGAUUCAAACGUGCUCGAAUUACAAAGCACAUCGGAUAACUACUAAAGAAAAAUGGCUCCAUUUUUUUUGUCAAUAAAUAUAGCCUGGGGUAAAUUCCAGGAACUCAACGCGUGUUUUAGAUUAGUGCUAAAUAGAAAAGCCAGUCUGCGUAUGGUUUGCAGUGCACAACACCAUCUGAUCACAAUUUUGAAGCAACAAAUCAGGGGCGUAGGCAGGACUUUUCAUCGCGGAGAGGGUGAGGGGGUCCUCCGCCAGUUCCUCACCUGAGCCACAAACCAAGCUUCGUUUGUCAGGACAUAAUAGAUUGGCGACUGAAAGUGCGACAACUGAGACUUAAUAUUGCUCGCGUCAAUUUACCUUUUUCUUUUUCGAAUUGUGCGACUUCUGUUGAUGGAGAAUGUUGGCUCUAAAAUGACUAUGGCGCCUGUCUAUCUUACAGCGCGGAAUUACAGAAUUAUCUCUUGUUAUUGUGAAUGAAUUCUUAAAUAAUUGUUAAAUACUGAAUUAAAAUACGCAAAUGUAAAUCACAUGGCUAAUUUAUUCCUAUUUGUCUUUUUGCUUUUUGCUUUUUUCUAUGACAACGUUUUUGCAAUUAGGUGUACACCUAAUUGCAAUAACGUUGUCGUAGAAAAAAGAAAAAAGCCAAAAGCCAAAUAGGAAUUAAUUUAAUAGCCAUGUGAUUUACAUUUGCGUAUUUUAAUAAUUUAACAAUUAUUUAAGAAGUCAUUCAUAAUAACAAGAGAUAAUUCUGUAAUUCCGCGCAGUAAGAUUCCGCACAUCAAAUGUACGUUUGUAAUUUGAGCACGUUUGAAAUUCACUAGAUGAAUCAGCCUCGAAUUGCAUUAGAAUGACACCAAAAAACUGAUGCAAAUGAUUUCUCUCGUAUUACGUGAUUAAUAUUCAGCUAUAAGCGUGUGUGCUGUGAAUAUUGCAAGCUAUGAUAAUUACAUGCUAAUUAAUUCCUAUUUAGCUUUUUGCUUUUUUCUAUGACAAUCCUAUUGCAAUUAGGUGUAUUUUCACGUAUUUUCCGUAUUGUCUUUCAGCUCUGACGCCAGCACUUACUUUCAAAUUGAAACUUCUAUGUAGUUUUUUUUGUAUUUCUGCAGUUCACAUCACCUUCAUUCUAUGUCAAUUAAGUGUGGAUAUCUGUUUGAGCACCCACUAUGCCGUUUACGAUGUCGUAGGCUGUUUUCUUCACACGAUUGAGGUCAUUCUCGUCCCCAGAGCCCGUCGUGUCUUGGUCACGUGAUCUUGAAAUCACUGGUCGGUUACAAAUUAAGCCGAGUGGCUCUGCGGACCGGAAUGGUUUGAGGUCACCUUGAAAAAGGUUGAAAAAGAGUGCUUUGUUAAGAGUCCUUUGCGCUAUAUAGUGGGUGCACAUGCGUCCUUUCGCACUAAAGAAAAUCCCUGCUACUCCGGCUCUUUUAGCGCUUGUCAACCACACUCCAAAGUUUCCGUUUUUUCUAACCCCUACCUGGCUGCUCACAAACGAUUACUUUACGACCUGCUGACAAAGGGCAGGUUCAUAAGACGCUCUCUUUUCAAUCUCUUUGUUUUUGUGACUUUUCAUCUCAGUUUUUAGGGUAAUUUUUUUGUUUUAAUCCCCUACUGAUACAGGAUCGAACCAAUUGCUGGUUUUCACAUGACGUCAGUAAAAUUCAAACGAUAAAACUAUCGAUCCUACCGAGAUUUCACUUUCACGAGGUAUUAGAGUGGCUGAAAACUAAUUUUCAUACGAAUUUUCUCUUCAAAAGGGUUCUUCGUUUUGUGAUAGAGUACGCUUGAAUUUCUAAGCUUUUGCGUGACGCGGCAUUAAGAGAGCUGUCAGGUAUGUUUAAAAAAAUGACUUAUUUCAGGGAAUUUUGCUAUCUAAACAGUUCAUGUAUUAGAAAAAGUAUUACUUUAAUGUUUAUGAGUUCUCGGAAGGAUAAAUUCACGCUUUUGUAGCAAAAGUCGGUAACAGAUUUUUCUGUUGGUUUCCGUCCGCCAUGUUGGUGCUCAUCCGUCUCCAUACAAAACUCUAUAAAUUUGGGUAAAACGUUUCUUCGAAUAUCUCGUAUACGAAAUAUUCCUCUAACCUGAAAUUUGGCGAGGGUCUUUGCAUAUAUACCUCCUUUCAUUUCCCAGAUUCUGGGCUUUAUCUAUUGAACGGUUUUGAUUUUUAUUUUGAUCUAUUUUGAAUGGCGUGACAUUGAAAACCAGCAAUUGAUUGUUAAUUGGAUACUCAUCCACUGGAUAGACUUAUCGGUUAAUAUCCAUCUUUUGAACAACUGAGGCAAAAAUAUAGCAGUUUCUCUUCUCAUGACAUGAUAGAAGACACUUUGAAAACACUCAAGUUUUGUCCAGGUUUCUACGUUUUUUCUUUGCCCAAAAGAAAAUUAAAUAACUUUGAAGUUCAUGCCUGGUCCUUUUUACUCUAGCCCCUUCUGCCGAAAACCUCUUCAAAAUGUCGGUACCAUGACUUUCAUUCUCAUGCCACUUGUUUUUACUACAGAUUCUACCAACAGAAUCCAUUUAUCAUGACUGGCGAGCGAACGCGCGAGCAAGCCUCCCCACACAUUCGCCUCACCUUUCGCGCACUGCUCUCUCGUGAAUUCUCGCGACUGCCCCAAAUGGCGAGCUUGCUUGCAGGCUAGGUUUUUAAAAAGCUGAAAUACUGGUAUUUGUGAAAUAAGAAUCUUUUGACUUUUCUUAUUUUUCCAGCAUGACUAACCAAGAUUAAAUGGAGAAAGGGCCCUGAGGCGCUUUCCGUCCGGCUGAAAAUUCUGGAAAUUUUACCGCAUUUCACCUAGUGUAACAAUUAAACUACAAAUGACUUAGGUGACUUUUGAUGUGCUGCCUAAUUUCCCUAAAGUUUUCAUCUGAUAACCGAGCAAAAUUGUUGAAAACUGUGGAACAGGGGAAAUUUCCACCAAACUUCCCAAACUUUUCUCUUGGAGAGGGUGGGGAAAAGCCUGGUUACAAAUUACUAGUCACCACCCCUGCAAGUCAAGCUUCGAAAGCAAGGGAGGGAACUUGAUGCAAAUUAUAUCAAAUUGCUUAUUGCAGUCAAAAGUCGGACACAGAACGUGUGGAUCUUGUUCGUUGCACUGUGAAUGGCAGAACCAGAGAAAAGGCCAAUGUCGGUUGGUAUUGCAUUCUCUACUCUUUUAAGAUUCGUUCUUAGUACAAUCAUAAUCUCUGCUAGUUAUUUCACCUCGCUAAUCGAGCAAAGCAACGAAACUCGGUCUCAGAGCUUCGUGUACAUGUCCCAACAAAUUGCCUUUCUUAGGUUUCAAAACUUGUCUUUCGAAAAGGUAAAAAUGUAGGCACAUUACUACCAAAUCACCCCACUUUAUCCUCUAUAUCUCGGAGAACGCCUUUUAAAGGUUGCUAUCGUCUCCGGACAUAAACUAUUUAGGCUUAAAUUGAGUAAAGCACGUCGACAAAACGAACGAAAAAAGUGAAAGUAACUUACAAAUUGAAGCGGGCACUUCCGCCUUAUAUUUGCUUUUGAUUAAAGAGAAAAAAAACCGUUAGGUGAUACUUUCGAUUUUAGGAAUUAUAUACGCAGUCACUUUUGCUGCGUUAUUAAACUCAAUGUCUUACGUUCCAUGAUCGAUGUCAGUCGCACAUGAAUGACGGUUCGAACUUCGAAAUUCCUGUUCCUCUGAGACGAUUAAAUUUAAUAUAACAUUAUCUUAGUGAACUUACAAUUCUUUCACCCGUAUUUUUGGGAACAUAUGAAUUUUGUCAGCGUUAAUUUUUUUUAUUUUAUAAAUCCAGCUUGUUAAAGAGCAGAGCCUAACUAUAAAAACGUUUUCCUUAAAACGCCUCUGUUACAGGCUUAAUCCCUCCAUGAAACGAAGUUCAUGCGGGGAUCACGUAACCCUGAAGAUAUCAAGACACGUCCGCUGCACCAAAACAUGAAAAGUAAAGUUGCUGUUAAUAAUAUUUUGAUUCCAUGGAGCUUAUUACUAAGUUUGAUCAGAUCCGAACACUGCUGCAGGUGGCAACAUUUUGCACUCAAAAACUUACUGAGUUUCAAAUUGUGACAGCUAACUUUAAUUUUUUCAUAGCAGUGAAUUUAAAGGAAAACUUUACCUCCAGUUGGAGGCAGAUCUUGAUAAAAUUUACAAGACAUUGUGUUUGAUACUCUUAGAUGAAAAUUAAGAAUCAAGCACUAGGCGCCUAAGCAUAAAUUAGUGUUGCUUUUACUUUUCUCUAUACUUUAUAUAUGUUAAUGAUGUCACUGUGUCUGUCACUGUGUGAGUGUCAUGUGGUUAGAUUUUAACGUUGUUAAAACCAAAUUUCUUACUCAAACGGUGUAGAACGUCAGCAAAGGGAAAUAUGCUGGCACUCAAAAUUUUGGUCAUUUACAUCAAAUAGUGGCAGGGUUCGCACGCACCUUGAAAGUCCUUAAAAGUCCUUAAAUUUUAAAAUAAAAAUUCAAGGCCUUGAAAGUCCUUGAUAAUUGCAGUCGGUGCUGGAAAGUCCUUGAAUUUCAACGAUAACUUAAUAGUUUAAGUAGAACUCCAAAGAAAAAGGAGUAAACACAGAAAGACCUUCGGGAUAAAAUUACUCAUGUUGUGGAAGAACUAAAAAAGACAUAGACUCAAGGCUCUUUUUUUGCACGGAAUGGCGUCCUUGAAAAAUGGGGAAUGUGUCCUUGAAAGUCCUUGAAAAGUUCUUGAAUUUUUUGUUCAAAAAAGGGUACGAACCCUGUAGUGGAACAUUAAAGAAAGUUCUUCUAAAUCUUUCCAACUUAUUUUUAUCACUUGGCCCUGGUUUUUCCAAAAAUGGAUAGUGAUAUCCACCGAAUAAAUCACUAUCCAGCGGAUAAAUAUUAGGAAAACCAAUAGUGCUAUCCACUGGAUAGUGAUUCAUCUGGUGGAUAGCUCUAUCCCGCUUUUGAACAAUUGGACCCUUGUGAAAUUUGUCCUCUUGUAAAUUAGAAAUUUAGUUACUUAUUCUUUGUUAUUAGAUGGGAUAAUAACAAGCUAGGGAAGAAUUGGGACAUCAAAAAACAUUGUUUAAAACAGUUUUUCUUAUUAUAUUUGUUAUUAAAUGCAUGACUAAAUUUCAUUGAAUUUUAUUGAUUCAAGGGAGAAUGUCUUGGUAUAAAAUCUAGAGUAGACUUAAAUCAAUCCUUUGACUUUCACUUUCUUCGUAUUAAUGAGUUUCAAUUCAAAUGACUGCAAGGGAUAUGCCAUUUUACCUUUUUCUUUGUGCCAUAACAACAUAGUUUAUGAAAGUUAUUAACAACAGCUUUGAAAGACUCUCCCUUACUGUGAGAAAGACAAUAGGGACCUUACGAUCCGACAAUGGCGACGUCCAUGAAAACGUCGCUGAAAAACAGAGUUCGCAUUAUUUUAAACUUUUUCGCGAUUAUCCCAAUUCACCCUGCUACUUAAAAGAGGGGGAUUUUGGCUGUAGCUGAAGAGAGGGGAACGCGCUCAAGUUCGGACAGAGAUGGUAGAUUUUAUCGCCUUGCCGUUCCCGUUCCCAAGUAAACUUAAAAUUUGGUCAUUUCAUGUCGUAGUUGUGCAGUGAAGGCAAAGAAAUGUACAAAAAAGCGUGCAGAGUUGUUGUUUUGCUCAUUAAACCUAUUGUUUUUUUGACUUACCCGUUGCCGUCGUCGUCGUGGUUUCGUAAGGUCCCUAAUAUCUCUGAUCAAGGUGCAAAAUUUAAAUAGCCUUAGCACCACAGGACACCCAUGCUAUAUAUAUAGUAAACAUGAACAACUUUGUAUCCAGCUGUGAGCUCAUCGCAAGGAAAAUAAAAUUAAAAGAAAUAAGAAAACUAACAGAGUGAAACAAUGGAGAAAUCAUUCCAUUCUUCAUUUUUGGACAGUAUUAUAAUGUUUUAGCUGUUGUUUUCUACACUUUAUUUAAACUCCAAAUACAUGAAGAAUUUCUCAUGAAAUACAAGGAAUCAGUAAUUUGCCAAACAGAACUAUUGCAAAAUUUUAUGUCAGCGUAGAUGAGACAGGAUUAAAAACUGAAAUCGUGUUAAUUCAGAUGUUUUUGGUAUCACCUUUGCAAACUGGAGAUUGGUGUUUGAAACACAGAUACCACAACUCCAGUCUCUUGCUUUAAUUAAUUUUGAUUAAUAAAAGGCCAAGGUAAAACAAUGACACCCUAAAAGUUUCAAAUGAUACUCUUUUUGGUGUCUGAUUUCUCCAAUACAAGUAUUGUGAAAGCAAACUUUUUAAGUGUCUCAACAAAGUUACUAAGGUUACAGAUAAUUCCAUGGUUAAUGUCAUUAAUUCUUGAUUAUCUCUAGAUUGCCAAAUGGUUGAUACAGUACAGUAAUUUCAUGCAUAAUAAUUUAAACAUUUUCAACAAUUGACAUGACAUUGAGGAGGUUUUUUUUCCUUUUUUCAGGAAGCACCAGUAGAACCUUACCCAGGGGGUCCACCAACCUAUGGCACAGAAAGGGGAGCUGCACCUCCCACCUAUGAUGAAGCAACAGGUUAGGGUCCCUCCAUGAUACUGUACUAAUUCCACAUAUUGAAUAUUUUGUUCAAUACAAACGGGGCUUUCUAGAAGCUCUCAACAACUCAAUUCAACAACUUUUGUUUGAUGAAAACAAACGUACGAUGGAAAUUCAAAAAUUGCGUAAGCAAAUAAUGCAGUUUAAAAAUAGUGUUAACCUCAUGGUUGAAAUUUCUUUCAAGAGAGUUCUCAAUCCACUGCAAUCUACCUUAUAGGACUCUCAAAUGGUAGUUUUCCCAGUUAAGGGAAGCCCUUGGACUCUGGCUCCCAGCAGAAUGUGGGGUACAUCUGUACCUAUCUCAGUGUGAAAGGCUGUAGUCAACCACUGCCCAUUUUCUCUUGUUUUUCAUUAAAUUUACUAGAGAACUGCCAAAUAUGAAUUGAUGAAGUACAGCCUUGUUACAGGUUUUUUUGUCAUCUCACACUUAAGCAAGAUGUCAUUUACUUGAAAGUAGACCCUUUACACACAGAACUUACGGUAGAACUAAGAUACCGUAUUUCCUUGAAUAAAAGCGCUUUUUGAAUAAUCGGCUCCCUCGAAUAAUAGCCCCCCUUUGAAGGAAAUAUUUCAAAAUACUCGCCUCCCUCAAAUAAUCGCCUCCCCCCGCUCCUCUCGCCAUCUUCCCUUCCUUUUAUCCCCUCCCUGUCAAGUUGAAGUGCAAUGUGAUCUAGCAAAACUGAUCAGUGACGAUUCAAGCUAUGAAAAUUUAUCAAGUAACUAAAUCUGUAACACUUAAAAAGCCCAUGUUCAGUUUAUUUGAUGUGAUUAUUUUUUGUAUUUAAUGGGAAAAUUAAAAAAAUAUAUUUAGGGCGUGACUUCCAGUGAUCAAUAUUUAAAAUAAUCGCCUCCCUCAAAUAAUCGCCUUCCCUUGAAUAAUCGCCCCUUUUUGUGCGAAAAAGAAAUAAUCGCCCCCAGCUAUUAUUCAAGGAAAUACGGUACGCUUGGUUACAAAAACCUUUUUUGCAUUCUUGUUCAAAGGUGGUAAUCUGUGUAAGAUGUAACUCAGAGUAUUAUCAGCCUCAUUGGUGAUUGCUGUUGAUCACAUAGACGAUAGUUACUGUGAAAAUUAUUCAGAAAAUCAUGAACACCAUAAAAAUUAAUAUUUUCUGGAAUGUUAAAUUGCAUUGCAAGAAAACAGCUUGUCAGGUGUGAAAAAAACUUAAGUGCAAACAUUAACUGUAAUUUGGUUGUAGUUUUCUGGUUUCAUUGUGUGUCCUAAUCUCUUGUGUGAUUGGUCACUGCACAAUUAACAUUACUGAAAUAUCUUAUGUGUUCAUGUUUUCUGAGUUUGACAGUAAUAUUGUUUUAUUCCUUCCUCAAUUUUCACUAUCAGGGCCUCCCCCAUCAUACCAAUCAUUGUUUGGAGAAAUCAAAGAUGCUCGGCAUGGAUCCAGCUCAGUGUUAGAUUUCUUGAAAAAGUUGAUCCUUAUUCUAGCUGGAACAAGUAAGUUUGAAAAUGAUUAUUGUUACUUUACCUUCUACAGAAUGCCCAUGUCUUAAUUUUCAGAGCAUUCUCGCUCAUGGCCACAAACCUGCAGUCUGUCCCUAAUGUGCCUGCAUUGUGUGGUGCAGGGUGACAGCAGGUUCAUAACUCCAAUUUCUUAACCUGUGUUUAUGUUUUUUUACAACAUAUUUAAUGAUACUGUUAGCAGAGCUCCACACAAGCGGAGCCCCAUAGCUAAGGAAAUUUGUUUGCCUAUCCAGUCGCGUGACCAUAUGUUCACCCACCCGCCCAUCUGUCUCCACCACUAGAAACUUUCUAGUUAGUGUGGGGGCCUGCGUCCUGAUAUUGCACAUCCAUGUUGUGGUCAACUGACAGCUGUCAAAGCAGGGUAUACGCUGAUCAGCAUCACAUCGCCAUAUCGCGGGCUCAGGUGUCGACCCAUCAAGGUUACAUGUUUUUUUAAAGUCUACCACUGACAAGUUUCUAGUUUUCAACAGAUCGCAGGCUCAAAUCGAAUUGGAUUUCUUUAUUGCAAUGUUUUUUUCAUUUACGGGAGCUUCGCCUUUAGCCUCGGCUAAAUCUUUUUAUUAUCAUUUUGUCUCUAUCUUCAAAGAGUACUGCUUGCUCAGUGCUUUUGCUUGAAUUUACUCGCUUUCAAUUGACUUUUUGUGUUAGUUCUAUUGUUAGUUAGUUAUUUUCUCUUUUUGAUUGUAAAGCGAUAUAGAGCUUUUGUAUAUACUGCUAUACAAAUAAAGUUAUUAUUAUUAUUAUUAUUAUUAAUGAGCAUACAUAAGUACUACUUUUAGGUAGUUUUCUGGCACAUUAUAAAUUUUUUCACUAUUGUUUUGCAGUUGGCUGUACCAUCGCCAUAGGGCUAGUCAUGGCUAUACCCAUUGCCAUGAUUGUCAUAGGUAAGCUAUCCAUAGUUUGGGGGGGGGGGGCGUCGUGUAGGCGGCACACCCAAUAAAAUUUUGGGGUGGGAAUUAGUGCUACCGGAGUCCCUAGCUUGUGAUGAUUCAUUGGAACCUCUUACUCUACACCAUACUACUGCACAAACACUCUGAUUGCUAUCCUCCAUAUCAGAUGCAAGCUUACCACGCACAGAGGCGCAUAUCAUAUUGGUAGUUAUCCACCACCCAACAUGGGUUAAAAGCUGUCAAACCUUCUCGACAGCUGUUUCGUAUAACUCCCACGUGUAGUCAUAGUCUCCGCAUUUUUUGCCUUGAUGCUUUAAAAAGCCCUUAUAUGUACCAUGUUAACUCUUCAGUUGGUCAUUGUGAAUUCCAGAAUGUGUUAUCUUCCAUAGAGGUGUGAGCCCUGCCAGGAUUGUCUAAAAUAGCUGACACCAAAAAUCAUCCCAUACUUCUUGAUUUUGGCCAGCUACUCCACUGGACUUUUUCUGAUUCUUUUAAAUAUUAGUAAAAAAAAAAGGAAGACCACCAUUGACGUCAACAUUAAAGCUACCUACAUCAGGGCUCGAAAAAGUCUCAUCUAGUUGUCCAGGACAUGUAGAUUGUCUUGGUGGGAAAGUAAUUUCAACACUUUAAGCCCUAAGAGUGAUCAGCAUCAAAUUUCUCCUUGUAAUAUCAGUGCUUUGUAAAACAGAGUGGUCAUGAGAAUUAAGGACAUGAUCACACAUGAAAUUGUUUGAUAUUUUAUCAACUUCUCCCCACCACUUCUGUAGGAAAUAAAUAGGGGCAACAAAUGAGAAUUCAAAUUUUGAUCUUAGGGUUUAAAGGGUUAAAGCACACUUACCCAGUGGGCAAGGGUCCAGGCAAGAGUCAACCAUUAACAAAAUCAUGAACUACGAUGAGCAAGAAAUGGUGGCCGGCAAGCAAAAUGUGAUAGCUGCUUCUCCAAAGGACAAGUUUUUUUUCAAGCCCUGUACAUUGUACAUAUACUUCAAAUUUUUCCUUCAACCCUUCAAGCCAUGUCAUUUAGGUAGUUUCUUGGUUCUUUCCCUCAAUGUAAGUUCACUGCAGAAUAAGAAUAUCAAAUUCCAGGUUAAAAAAAUAAAUGGUAGCAAACAAGGAGAACAUUGAAACUAACUUCCCCUCCAAAUGAUUCUAUAUAUUCUUUGCAUUGUAUUAACUUAGGUGCUGAGUAUAAGAAUGACUGUCCUAUCGAAAGGAAGAUACCCAUCUAUCUGAUAGUAGCUGGAUCUAUUGGUGUCUUCCGCAACCUCAUCUCGUUAUGUCAGAGGGCAAAGAAAAGCGACAAUGAUGAAGGAGAAGAAGAGAAGAAGCAAAACCCUGUUACUUCCAUCCUGGACUGUUUCCUGUUUGCCUGGUUUAUCUGCGGCAAUGUCUGGAUUUACAGUAAUUAUAAGGAUGUAAUUCACGAUAAUAUGGACAGUCAGUAUUACUGUGAUGAAACUUUGUACGCCUUUGCAUUUUGGAUAACUACAGCCACUUAUAUUUUGAUUGGUGUUAUGUGUUGCUGUGUUUGCUGUGUUGGUGUGUGUGCAGCUAUUUUCAGCGAGGAAUGA